CCUCCUUGUCUCCUCCGCAACCAUGUUAGGCCCAAGGGAAAUGGAGGGCACCAAGUCCACAAAACAACUCAUCCAUCGCUAUGAAUCUCUUCAAUACACUCCUUUUGUCUCUAAACCAGCCUCCUCUCCUUCAGUUUUCAAGCGACUUUCUUCUCUGUCGACCAAAACGGACAAGUCAGCUGUACGACAGUCUUUCCGAAACCUCAUGGGCCUCUUGAAGAAGGCGAAUAACAAACUCAAGGCGGAACCCAAUCAUCAAAAGAAUUAUAUUCAUGACCUCACAGUACCCGGAGACACCGCACCUCUUCCAAUGGAGCGUACGGCUUCUCAAUCCUCCGCAUCAUCCACAGGUUCUACACGUUCAGGUCCAUUAUUGUAUCUAUCACGCAUCCAUCACCAUUCCUGGAUACCUUGCUUUGCGACCCUCGAGGAAACGCGAAUUCUGCUCUCGUGGUCGACUGAACAGGAGUCGGACCAAUAUUCCGUUCUUUUGAAACAUUGUAUCGACGUACGAUCUCUUACCCAGAAUCAAGUGGACGUGGAAGAUAUCACGCUGCCUCCGCCUAUAGAAAGGGACGAGGACUAUAAGGUGUUUGAGAUUCUAUACCAAAACGAACCAAGGGAGAUAUUCGCGGUGAUAUCCACACGGGAACGGGCUCGUUGGAUCAGUUGUAUCUGGGACGCCGUUUUAUCUGCUCAAGAGGCUAAAAGUGCAUUUCGGCAGUCCCUCGUCGACCAAACGUUCAAGAAAUCGACAUUGGAUACCGCUAAACCUCUUCCCGACGUCGGAGAACGAGCUCUCCCUAUGACUCCUAUCGAACCGCUUGACGUAGCAACAUUUGAACCUUCCAUUCCCAACACUGGUUCUAAUGUCACGUACGCUGAAGUUACGGCUCUCGCUGUGGACGUGCAAAACCCUUCAAUUGCAACUUCGAGCAAUCAUCCCUUGCCCUUCAAUGAACCAUCAUUGGACCGACGAAGCACAAACACUCUUGAAUCAAUUCCUAUGCGCCAUCUGGAUAGCGGGCAGUCCGCAGGAUACUCAAUUAUAGAUGCUUAUCAUGACGAAUCUAGACUGACUGACCACACACCUCAUCCUGUUAACUCGCUCGUUUCUUCCGACUUCAAGGUCUUACAAGAUCAUUUGACACGGCUGGCUGAUCGGGAACAACUGGAUGACAAGUUUCUGUCGUUGCAACUGAAUAUUCAGAACAUUCCUAAGGAACUCGCACGGUCAAUGAACUUGAGGAACGAGCAUGUUGUAACUACUUUGGAACAUAUAACCCAUCUAGUCUCGAAUGCAGACAGCCAGUUCAGCAAUACUCACGCUAUGCUCCAAUCAAUCGACGAGAAAUUGCAGGGAAUGGAAGCACGUAGCGAGGAACAAGUGCCUCGGGAACACAGCGACAAUGCUCAAACCUUGCAGGCUUUAGAGGCUCUGAGAACGUCGCUGGCAUCUGAACUGGCUCAAGUUCUGGGGAAGUUGGAAGAUGUUGCCAAACUAAGUGCCGCUGUUUCGCAGAGGGUAGAAAGCCCUUCAUCGAGCGCACCGCUGAUGCAACCCGAAGUUGCGGAAAUACUCAAAAUUUUAAAGGAGGAAGAAACCCACCGCAUGGCGCAAACACAACAACAAGCCGAUAGCGUCCGAUAUCUAAACGAGCUGAAUAUAUGGCUUGAAGCUUUCGUAAACAAUGGGACUUCACACAUUCACGGAAUGUCGGCGUCCCUCAAACGUUUGUGUGAUGGGCUUGGAUUGUACGCAGAUGGAAGUGAUCAAGGCAAAAACUUGAUUGCAUCGGUUCACCAGCUUGUUCAAGACACGCGUGUGCGUGAACAGCACGCUGCUACGUUACAGGAAACGGUGAAUAGUAUUGCGAUCCAUCUCAACUCAAGUGUAGGCCAUAUUGUUUCUCCUCAAACUCUAGCCCAAUUGAUGGACAAACACCGGCAAGAACAUGAAGUACUCCUCAAGACGCUCACCGAAGAGCUAUCACAAGAAAUUCGUGGGGAGCGGUUGCGUUUCGUAGAAGCCAUGAAAGAAGCCACUGCGAUCAACGUUCAUAUGCACGUCGAGGAAUUCAAGAAAGAACUCAAGCGCGAGGUUCACGGGAUGACACAGGAAGUCAGUCGUUUAUAUCGAGAAAAACAGAAUAUGGAAAAUCAGAUUGCGGAAUUAUUUGCUUUCCAUGCGAAGCAGAGGAGCGGCAUUCCGAAGGGAAUUAAUUCCAACCAUAUACCUCCGGACUACGGGGGAAUACCACGUUACCGAGCGUCUCCUUCAGAUCGGGGAUAG